AUGCUGCUGUUGCCCUUCUUUGCCUUGGGCCUCGCGGCUUGCGGUGGGCCUUCGUGGUGGAAGACAGGAAGGCCUCGCACAGUGCAUCGCAGUGUGGCAGAGGUGGAGCUCUUGUCCCACCUUGCGGUGCUCCUGAUGCCGGAGGAGCCCAUCGGGGAGCUCUUCCGGGACUUUCCGACAGAGCCUUCAGAGACUUGGGGCUCGCGCUGGCUGUGCCCGGAUCUGUCUGCUUAUGGCGUGUUGAGAAAGGAGGGUGCUGCUCUGUUUGUAGAGUAUGAUGGGCACUGGCGGCACUAUGACGAACACGGUUGCCAAGCCGAUGCACGAAAGACACAAGCUCUGCUGAAGUACGGACCCGAGGGUUCACAAGUGCUGCGACUUUGCCACUCCGCUCGUGAGUUUAGGAGCCGGGGUGGCCGUUCGGAUGUGUUGGUGGAUGCCUGGCGAGCGGGCCACAAAGCAUCGCUAUUGAAAGCUGUUGUCCAAACAGUGCGGGGACUGGUGAGCGAGCUGAAAGAUGGAUUGCUUCCGGAAGUUUGCGAGCGACUGCGACUCUUCGAAGCCGCCGAAGGAAGCCAUGCCUUUUUUCAGUCGAGCGAGUUUGUGCGCAAGGCCGUCCUCACAACCGACCAAGAAGCGAAGCGUGCAGAAAUGCAGGCAUUUCUUCGAGCAGAGCUACCUGCUCUGGAUGCGGAGGUUCUUGGUCGCAAAUAUCCGAGAAUUUGGGGCUGCAGCAUCGAGACCAGAAUGAAGCCCACAUUGGGAUGGCUUGAAGAUGUGGGACUGAACCAAGCGCAAGUGGCUAAAGUCAUAGCUGCCACGCCUCAAGUUUUGGGCCUCAGCAUCGAGGCGAAUCUGAAACCUACCGCGAAUCUGAAACCUACCGUGGCGUGGCUUGAAGAUGUGGGACUGAGCCAAGUGCAAGUGGCUAAAGUCAUAGCUGCCGCGCCUCAAGUUUUGGGCUACAGCAUCGAGGCGAAUCUGAGACCUACCGUGGCGUGGCUUGAAGAUGUGGGACUGAACCAAGCGCAAGUGGCUAAAGUCAUAGUUGCCGCGCCUCAAGUUUUGGGCCUCAGCAUCGAGGCGAAUCUGAGACCUACCGUGGCGUGGCUUGAAGAUGUGGGCCUGAACCGCGCGCAAGUGGCUAAAGUCAUAGUGGCCGCGCCUCAAGUUUUGGGCCUCAGCAUCGAGGCGAAUCUCAAACCUACGGUGGCGUGGCUUGAAGAUGUGGGCCUGAGCCAACCGCAAGUGGCUAAAGUCAUAGCUGCCAUGCCUUCAGUUUUGGGCUACAGCAUCGAGGCGAAUCUGAGACCUACCGUGGCGUGGCUUGAAGAUGUGGGACUGAACCGCGCGCAAGUGGCUAAAGUCAUAGCUGCCAAGCCUCCAGUUUUGGGCCUCAGCAUCGAGGCGAAUCUGAAAGUUACUGUGGCGUGGCUUGAAGAUGUGGGACUGAACCAACCGCAAGCGAAUCUGAGACCUACCGUGGCGUGGCUUGAAGAUGUGGGCCUGAGCCAAGUGCAAGUGGCUAAAGUCAUAGCUGCUACGCCUCAAGUUUUGGGCCUCAGCAUCGAGGCGAAUCUGAAACCUACGGGGGCGUGGCUCAAAGAUGUGGGCCUGAGUCAACCGCAAGUGGCUAAAGUCAUUGCAGCGUUUCCCGCGCUCCUAGGCAACAGCGUCCAGGGCAACUUGUGGCCCAAGCAGCGGUUUCUGCAAGAUUCCUUCUCAUCUAGCGAGGUCUGUGACAUGAUUGUAUACCACCCUCCGCUGCUCGCCUACAGCUUCGCUCGUUUGCGUCAUCGGCUGCAUGUUCUACAAAGGAAUGGCUGCUCCAGGAAACUUGCCAAAGUCAUGUCAUUGACGGACUCCAGCUUUGAGCUGCGGAGUCGGAAUGAUUGGGGCAAAGGCAAAGCCAUUGCACCGGCCAUGAUCACGACGGAGAAUGCUCCCGUCUGCCCGCCGGAGCAGCGGGAGUUGCCGGGGCCGCGAAGCGGCUUCGGAGCCGGGCUCAACCGUCACGAGGAGAACCACGACCAGCGCUUCUUCAGCACCACCAGCGAAGAGUUCUACGGCCAGGGCAGCCGCAAGAAGGAGAAGGUGGAUGCAGCAGCAGUGGCACAUUCUGCGGGGCUGGGAACGGAGCACGAAGAGGGCCGAGUGAGAGGCAUGAAAGUCGGUGUCCUCUGCGGUGAGGCCUACAACGACGCCAACAAUCCAGCCUCCAACACCCGGACUCAGCGUUCCUGGUUGUACCAGCAUGACCCAUCGCUGAAGAAUCUCCACCACGGCGGUCGCAAGAAUGACCUCCCUGGUAAAGACAACGAGCUGUCCAUCCCCAUCGGACAGGGCGCGAUGGCAAAAGUCCGGGCAGACCUCAAGGCACGGCAAGGUCGCUUAUAUAGAGUAGCCACCCUCGUCACGAAGGGCAACCAUCACAGGCCUGGCGUUUCGAUCUUCCAAGACGACAUUCUUGGGGUCACCUGCUGA